AUGUUGAUUAAAGAAAGAAUAAAUAUUUGGUGUAGGAAAUAUUUGAAUAUACAACCAUUAUUUAGAGCCCAAGACAAUGUAGUAAUAUCUUCUCCUGUAGCAGAAAGUUCAUUAAGAAGCAUUUAUGGAAGGGCCACUUCAAAUGUUGCAUCAACCAACCAUUCUGAUUCUACUUCAGGAAUGAAUAUGUCUUCAAACAGUCAUUCAAACGAUAUAUCACAGCAAGAGCAAGCUUCAGAAGAUUCACUUGUACAACUAGUUUGUAAUUACCCUGAAAAAGCGAUUUGGUUUUUAUCAUGUAAUUUAUUAAUAGGAAUGGUAUUUUUCUUAUCUUUUGGAUUAAUCUCAACAGGUAUAACACUCAAAAGUUGGAGAUCGAGCUUCAAUAGCAGUCCUUUUUUAUGUGUUUGGUUAUUGAUUCAUGGGUCUCUUCAAAUAAUACAAGGAAUAUUCAGAUGCUAUUAUAAGAUUAUCCUUAAUAGAGAAAGACCAAAUUCGACUAGUGUUAGAGUAAUUCAAAUUUUACAGGCAGUUAGACGACUCACUACAAAUAGAGCAUGGAAAAUAGGCAAGAUAUUUUCGUUCAUUUAUUAUAUUUGGUUCAUAUUCGGAUUUUAUUGGAUUUUAUCCGUAAGACCAAAUAUUGAGGUUUUCUCAAACCAAUCCAGGGGGUUUUCAAGUAGCCUCAGCGAUUCACAAUUAGCAGAUUAUUCAUUAAUCACUGGUCACAGAUCAUACUUAUUACUAGACAAUAAUUCAUUAUACUCAUUAAAAGACCUUAUUAAAGUUGAUUUUAGGUCAGGGAUAUGGUCCUUAUAUCUAAUUAUUAUGCUUAUAUGUACAUUUAGAAUAAUAUCCAUGGUCAGUUUCUUUUACUUUAUCUUCCCUAAUGUUGUUUCAAGUGAAUAUUCGGAUAAUAAAUUAAGAGCCUGUACAAUUAAUAAACUCGAAUCCCUUCCAGUAAAACCAUAUUUUGAAUGGAAAAAAUUAAAAGAUGAUGAAUUGAUACUUAACAAACAUUCAUUUUUGCAAGAUAAUUGCAUUAUUUGUUUAAACGAUUUUUCUUCAUUCGAAAUGGCACGUUGCCUCCCUUGUAAUCAUGUUUUCCAUGAGGAUUGUAUAGAUAUGUGGUUACUUAGAAAUGCAGUUUGCCCCUUGUGCCAAGCGUCCUUAAAAUGA